GCUGGACCUGUGGACUUGAGAGAUCGUGUGAGUGUGUCGCAUCCACAGCAAGAGUACACCUUACCCAGUUACAUCACCGUUUUGCCUCCCCCCAUACCCUUUUCCUCAACAAAAACCUCAAGAGUAGGAUAAUGUAUCGCUCUCCCUUCGGGAACAUAAGUUUCCGGAAGCCCCACGAACUCCUAGCCUCGGCACACUCGUCCCGCGGAAACUCGCCUUCGCCUUCUCCACUCCCGACGCCGAACCUUCUCAUAGACUCUGAUUCGGAAGAUAACGGUGGCCCACGGCACUCACGUUCUCAGUCGAAAUCGCGAAGUAGAUCGGUAUCACCACCGUGGGAAGGUGCAAGCCAGACAUCGCUUCCAUUACUAUCCGUAGACACGCGCAGUCCGUACCCGUCCUCUCCAGGCUCCGCGUACGACGAUGAUGGAGUGCUCGGAAGCUGGCGUAUAGGCGAAGGGCCGCCAGAGCAAGGAUUCCUCUCGUGGUUUCGGGGAGGGAAGCUUGGGCGAUGGUUUUGGAACACUCAAAGGGGCUGGAUGGUCUACACCAGCCUUCUGAUCGCGUUGUACGGGGUGACGUCUCUGUUGCUGUUAAUCAUGAACAGAUUCAUACUGUGGACCGGUGUUUACAAGUUCGGAUAUCCGAUAACUACAACACUCGUCGAGCUCCUGUUCACUCAAUUCUUCCUCUGCGCGUCCGCCUCGAUCACUCGCUCGUUCUCCCGCUCGUUGUAUUCCCUCGGACUCGGAUGCAUCGUGGCUCCGAGGCCGAAGCCGUCAAAAGGGAAAAGACGGGCUUCCGACGGCAGUGGUGGAUUACGGGAAUUCGCCGGAAAGCUCCGCGCUCAGACUACUGAUGGAAUCUUUUCGAUCAAGUGGCAGGAGGUUUGUUUAGUGCUGCCGCUCGCGAUAGUAUACAGUCUGAAGAUCAUGCUCAGCAACCUGUCCUUUGCAUACACCCAAGUCCAGAUCUACCAAAUCUCCCGCGUUUCCUCGCUUCUAUGGACCCUUAUCCUGACGCAUUUCUUUCACCGGUCCCAAUCGCUCUCGGUGACCACACUCUCCUCUUGCAUAACCAUGGUUCUCUCCCUCGCCGUUGUUUCCCUACGCCCAGGAACGCGCUUCGCAAUCGAAGGCUUCAUUGCCGGCGUAUUCUCCACCUUCUUCGUAGCGCUAUAUCCCAUCCUCCUCUCGUCGACGUACAAGGCCUUUUCCGACCGUCACGCACCCAACGACUCCCCGCACCCCUUCACGGUCGACAAUUCCUUGACCGAUCACAGCAGCGUCGUCAUGUCCGGCGACGGCAAAGACGCCACCCGCUCAGCCUGGAAACUCCUACACUACACCAACCUCCUCAGCAUCAUGUUCCUCCUUCCGUGCGCGCUCAUUUCCGGCGAGCUCCGCGACAUCAGCAGGAAUUGCUACAUCCUUGAUGUCGCUUUCUUCUGGCUGAUGAUGCUGGGCGCCGGCGCGGCUGCGUGGGCUACGUUCGUUACCGGGUUCUUGCUGGUGCGUGCUAGCACCCCGCUCACUAUGGUGGUCACGACGUACCCGAGAAGCGCGCUCCAGACAGUGCUGCUCAUGGGGUUCAGGCUGCCGACGUGGAGCUGGGUGGGUGUGUUGAUGACGUGGGGUGCCGGUGUGUGGUAUAUCGUCGGGAGAAGGAGGGAGUGUGGAGUUUCGUUCUAUGCUAUCGAUGAGGAUGGACGGGGGCGGGAGACGGCGAGGGGCAGGGGCGAGGCUUGAGUGAUACCAUGGGAAGAUGAUGUAGAUGGAACUGGAUUUAGAUGCAUACUUGUUAUAGACGACAGUGGACGUUUUGGAUGCCUUAUGAUUGAUGGAAUAUCACUCGCGAUUCAGUAACCUCGAUGACAUGAAACCUGUCACCAAGCCGUCCGUCCCGUGACCACGCCCAACUUCCAACUUCCAAGUUCCGCGUUCCAGUUCCAGUUCCACGUUCCACCUUCGAGAUGACCCCACUCCCAGCACAUCAGCACACGUUCAUACUCCCGCCUUCACCUUCGUCUCCCCCGUCUCCCCGUCUCCCCCGCCUCUCCCCGUAAAUAUGCGUAAACCACCCCGUCUCCCCCGCCUCUCCCCGUAAAUAUGCGUAAACCACCCCGUCCCCC